AUGAAUAAACGGUUAACCAGAAAAGAAAUUGAUGAUAUUAGUAUCAAUACAGUUUGCUUAAUUGAAUUGGGUUCGAAUGAAUCUUUGAAUGAAUCUUUGUAUGCAUCUGAUGCUCCACAAGGUAAAAUUUAUCCUCUACCUAUUCAUAAAGGAAAAGUUUACGUUGGAACCGCUACAUCACCAGAUGAUCUACAUUCACCUAACAUUGUUUGUUUACCGAAAUCUAAGUGGCCAGAUAUUGAAGCCUAUCAUGUCAUGUUUUGGCUACCGAAGACUCCAGUUAACCCAAACAGUAUGAAAUCAUAUGAAGGAUGGUUGGCUUGUCGCCCGUGUUUACUCACUUCCUCUAAGGGAAGUCAUCAGUCUACUCACAAAAUUACUGAAGUGUAUCUCAAUAACAAUCUCUUAACAGUACCAUUGAAUUCAAGUUAUCAGGAAAUGGUUUUUUGGCUUAAACCUGGUGAUAUAUUACGUCUUGGCAAAGCUAAAUGGAAACUGAAAGUUUGGUCAUAUUUAGAGCUCCCAUCAUAUCCGUCUAUCGGAGUAAAAACCGCUCAACUGAAUGGCACCCACAGUAGCAGUAUGCGUGACGAUAAUAUUGCAAUGAAUAACGAGAUUCCUAAAUUACCACCUACCGUCAUUCCUUUUAAAAACCAGUAUUUGUCUAAUGAUGCUACGAUGAUUGAUUGUAAUUUACUACCUCAUUAUAAGGCUGUUUCACCUUGUUUAAACGUUCCUCCUCAUAUGAAUGCAUGCUCUCCCGAACGUAUUACACAACAUACUUCAUAUUUAGAUGAUAAGAAAUAUUCUGAAAGAAUGAACACAUUUUCAAUGGGGAAAGGAAAACAGAGUGAUCCGUCAGCUAAAGUAUGCCCUAUGGCUAUUGCAAACUCCAUUUGUGAUUCAUUUUCAUCUCUGUCGUGUACUUCAAUGUCUGAAACAGUCUCCAGUGACUCGACUGCUUCAUCGUUAAAAGUUAUAUCUUAUUCUGACGUCAAUUCUGCACAACCGAUGAACAGUGACAGUGAAAAAACCGUUAGUAAGACUAAUGAUAAAAAUGAAUCGUAUCUCUCCGAUACUUGUCAUGCACCAUGCUGUAAUAGUGCAUCUGACUCCUGUCCUGGUGUCUGUUGCCAAUCUCAUCAAUUAUUGAAACAGUGUGAAAAUUCUCUGUCUUCUUCUAGUCAAAGGCCUAAUAUUGUUGCCCUUGUAGACUCUCAAUCACAUUUGAAUGAUUCAGUUUCUUCUGAACAUUUCCUUACUCCUAACCAUUCACAUUGUUCAUCUAUAACAAAAGAAGAUCAUACCUACACCAAAGGAAGUUCAACUCGUACUAAAUCUGUUUCUGAUCUAUUACCCUGCCAGAUGGCCUUCGCCCCAAUAACUUUAGAACAAUUAUUAGAUUGGAUUAUUACUAAACAACUUAAAUAUGCUUAUCAAACUCGAAAAACCCAUGCUACUGAUAGUCAGCUUGAUGUAACCAUUGACCUGUGUCCAUUGGGUCCAGCUAUGUCAGUUUAUUUAAUGUUGCGGGCAAUUUGUCGACAAUGUGAUCGUUGGGAAGCUAUUGAACUCAAGCAGUUGAUGAAAAUGUCUUCAAAAGGAAAUUCUGACGUUUCAUUGGUUCAGUUGGAGAAUCUUCCUGUGAAUAUGAAUUGCACUUCGUGCAUUCAACGCUCCUAUCAUAGGCGACAAUUGCACUGA